GUAUUUAACUUGUCGUUGUGUGUUUCUCUGUGUGAAUUUGUUUCAUUGUUUGUUUGGUUCCCGCUUCUCGGUGAAUUUUCUGCCUGUUGGAUUAAACUGUGUGGAUCUUUGAGCUGGAAUUAAAGUCUUUGUCUCUGUGUCUAGCAGUGAUCAGUGGGAGUUAGAGUUGUUGACCCAUCCUGAAGACCCUUUUGUUGGUCACAUUUAUCGGUGUUUAAGCUGACAUAUCAGACAGUAAUCCACUCAGACCACCAGACGAGAACAACACACAUCACUACUGGCCUUCAGCAGCUUGUUUGGAUCAGUGUGUUCUGCUGUAUUGCUCCAGGAUCAUCCCCAUGCCUCUGACAGCAGCUGUGAUCAGUGGGGCCCAGAAGCUGGUCCUGUACGAGACAAGGGCUAGAUAUUUUCUGGUGGGGAGUAAUAAUGCUCAAACCAAACACCGUGUCCUGAAGAUUGACCGAACUGAACCACGAGAUCUAGUCGUUAUUGAUGACAAGCAUGUAUAUAGUCAGCAGGAGGUUCGGGAGCUUUUGGGAAGGUUGGACCUCGGAAACCGCACUAAGAUUGGGCAGAAAGGCUCCUCUGGGCUUUCCAGAGCUGUGAAUGCCUUUGGCAUUGUAGGCUUUGUCCGUUUCCUGGAAGGCUACUACAUCAUUUUGAUCACCAAGCGACGCAAGAUGGCCGACAUUGGGGGUCACUCCAUCUAUAAGAUAGAAGACACCAACAUGAUUUAUAUCCCUAAUGACUCAGUCAGAGUCGCACAUCCUGAUGAAGCCAGAUAUGUGAGGAUGUUCCAAAAUGUGGACCUGUCCAGUAACUUCUAUUUCAGUUACAGCUAUGACCUGAGCCGCUCUCUGCAGUAUAACAUGACUCUUCUCCAAACACCCUCUGAUCAUGGAGAAAAUGAGGAGGUCCACACCAGUAGCAACAGCAAACAGGACAGUUUCGACAUCUUUGAGGAUGAAGGCCAUCCUACGCAAGUGGUUCACGCCUUGAGGAAUGAGCCCUACGCGAAAUAUGUGUGGAACAGUCGUCUGUUGGAGAAAGUUAAGGAUACGGUGCAUCCAGACUGGCUCCUGUACAUCAUCCAUGGCUUCUGCGGCCAGUCUAAAUUGUUGAUCUACGGACGGCCGGUUUAUGUCACUCUGAUUGCUCGACGUUCCAGCCGUUUUGCUGGGACCCGCUUCCUGAAGAGGGGAGCCAACUGUGAGGGCGACGUGGCAAACGAAGUGGAGACUGAGCAGAUCAUCCAUGAUGCCUCAGUAAUGUCGUUUACAGCAGGCAGCUACUCCUCUUAUGUGCAGGUGCGAGGCUCGGUGCCUCUCUACUGGUCUCAGGACAUCUCCACCAUGAUGCCCAAACCACCCAUACGACUGGACCAGGCCGACCCAUAUGCCCAGGUUGCGGCGCUUCAUUUUGAUCAGAUGCUGCAGCGGUUUGGUUCUCCAAUCAUUAUCCUCAACCUUGUUAAGAAACGAGAAAAGAGGAAACAUGAAAAAAUCCUGAGUGAGGAGCUCUACCCAGCCAUCAUCAACCUCAAUCAGUUUCUCCCCCCGGAGCACUGCAUCGAUUACAUUGCCUGGGACAUGGCUCGUUACACCAAGAGUAAACUUUGUAAUGUGUUGGACCGGUUGAGUAUGAUUGCUGAGAAUGUAGUGAAGAGGACUGGCUUCUUUGUCAACCGACCUGAUUUCCACUGUCACAUGCUACGGCCUGAUGAUAGAUGGGGUGAUUUGGGAGGACUGGUUACUGCUCCUGGUAGAAUUCAGACUGGAGUUUUGAGGACUAACUGUGUGGACUGCUUGGAUCGCACUAACACCGCCCAGUUCAUGGUGGGAAAAUGUGCUCUGGCCUAUCAGCUUUAUGCCCUCGGGAUGAUUGACAAACCAAAGUUACAGUUUGACACCGACUGCGUCAGGUUGUUUGAGGAGCUGUAUGAAGAUCAUGGAGACACGCUGUCGCUGCAGUAUGGCGGCUCUCAGCUAGUCCACAGAGUCAAGACCUACCGCAAGAUUGCGCCAUGGACACAACAUUCCAAAGACAUCAUGCAGACGCUGUCUCGUUAUUACAGCAAUGCUUUCUCAGAUGCCGACAGACAGGAUGCCAUAAACCUUUUUCUCCAGGUAUACCAGCCUUCAGAGUCCAAGCCGCAUUUGUGGGAACUGCCUACUGACUUUUACCUCCAUCAGAGCAACACCAUGGCUCUGCCCCAAGACAGACGCAGUUAUACCUACUGGUGGGCAGACGGUGUGUUGUCCUACCUUCCUGUACCUUAUGAUGAAGUCCCCUGUGAGAAGAACAGGAAGAAGGUGGUGGUGAAACGAGUGAAUCGGUACGAUGAGAGCACAGACAUGUACACAGAGUUUUUCAAACCUUAUGAACUCACCUCUUUUGACGAUACAUUCUGUAUCGCCAUGACCAACUCGGCAAGGGAGUUUAUGCCAAAGAGUGUUGGCCUGGAUCCUAGCCCUUUCACCGUGCGUAAACCAGAAGAAACCGGCAAAUCAGUGCUGGGUAAUAAGUCUAGUAAGGAGGAGGCCGUGCUGCAGCGUAAGACAGCAGCUAGCGCUCCUCCUCCACCCAGUGAAGAGCAGAUCUCCAGCAGCUCUGAGGAUGACUCGGAGGAAGAUCGGGAGGACGAGGCCACUGCUUCUCAGCGCUACACACCAAUCAAACUCGCUGAGUCCAGAGACAACGUCCAUGCUCAAGAGGAGCAACAACAGCAGCCUGCAAGGGAGCCAUAUGGGUUGAACCUGUCCGCUUUGCCCAGGGAGGAGGACCUUUGCAUAUAUCACAGAUUUUCUCACCUUGGCCGAAACCAACACAAAGUGGAAAGGAAUGAGCAGUUGAUGGACACCAAAAAAUUUCUGGAAAAUGUCAUCAAUCUAGUUCCAGUGUCCUUGUUCAGUGGCGACAGUAUUUAUGAGGUGUCGGCUCCGCGGGUUGACUUGGAGACCCAGAACAUUUUCCGUGCACACAUCCAAGCAGGCCUGAGUCUGAUCAAAACAAUGUGCAGAGAAGACAUAGUCAUUUACCGCGAAUAUGUGAAAAAUAGAUACAUGUGACAUGUUAGUCACAUGUUCUAUCACUUAUAAAGGCAUUUCAGCAAGCCUGAAAGAAGACCUUCCAGCAACUAAACAUUGGAAGGUCUUGUUUGAAAAAAAAAAAAAUUUCUUCAAUUGACCUUCCUCAUAAAAAAUCAUCUCAGAUCUCACACAUUUCAGUAGAAGGUCUGCUCUCUGAUCCCUUGGACUCCUUUUUCACAUCACCACAUUUUGGAAUUAUGCUCUGUUUUGAGAUUGAAAGAAUAUGACAGACAGAGAAUUUUAUUUCACUUGAUCUUAUUUUAUUUGCAGUUAUACCACAACGACUGGAUAUUCCACUGAUCCUUUAGGUUUUAUUUCCAGUACUUUAGAAUUUCCUCUGUAUAUUCAUUGCUUUUAUGAGAGUAUUGAUUUCACAGAUUAUACAAGUUGUACAAGCUGGACUGCUAUUGUGCCUUGUGCGUCUUAGUUUGGUUUUUUUUUGGCGUUUUUAAUUGAACUUAAUUAUUUAUAUUGUGCCAUGAUUGUGUUUAAAGUGUAUGUGAAUGAGCUUCUGUAAAUCAUUUAAAAAUGUUAUGUUUGUGUAUUUAUUAAACUUCUGUCUGCCUACUAAUUUUUACUUUGUUUC